UUUUUUUACGGCUGGAGAAGCGAGGCUGUGUGAGUCGUUCACUUCAGACUGAUGGAGGUUUAGCAGAAGCGGGAACAGAAAUCGAAAACAGCAGCAGACACAAAGACUCUGAUGGUAUCUUCUCAUCGCGCUGUUCUACUGACGUUCAGACACCCAAUUCAGGAUGUCCAUUCUGGAGCGUUUGGAGCAAAUGGAGCAAAGGAUGGCUGAAAUAACCAAUCAGAACCCUGGCUCAGAAGCCAUGGCAACCAAGGGUGGAGGAGUAGAGGGGGGAGGAGCCAAUGAUCAGCGGUCUCAAAGCUCCCCUGAUCAGAGCACAUUUGAGGGUCGUGUGGUGGUGGUGUGUGAGAAGAUGAUGUCCCAGCCCUGUUGGACUUCUUCAAACCAGCUCGUCCACAGCAAGAACUCCAGAGGAAUGACGCUACUGCAUCUGGCCGCAGCUCAGGGUUACGCGGGGCUCAUCCAGACACUCAUCCGCUGGCGCACAAAGCAUGCCGACAGCAUUGACCUGGAACUGGAAGUGGAUCCUCUUAACGUCGACCACUUCUCCUGCACGCCACUAAUGUGGGCGUGUGCUUUGGGCCACACUGAGGCGGCACUGGUUCUGUACCAGUGGGACCCAAGAGCUCUUGCCAUUCCUGACUCUCUGGGUCGCCUGCCGCUGAAUAUCGCCCGGUCCCGUGGUCACACUCGAUUGGCCGAGCUCUUGGAGCAACUGCAGCAGAGUCCUCAAACGAAGGGCCAGCCUGCGGAGAGUUGGAUGGAGAAGUGGAAAGGAGGAUCGCAGAACAGAGGAAUCAACAACAGCUCCAGCACCAACCCAACCCCAGAGGUGAGAAGAAACAGAACAGAGAGCCAACCAUUAAACCAGAGCUGGAGCCAAACUGGUCAAACGCCCCAACCAGGAGCCAACGUGGAAGAAGGAGGUCCCCCCCCAGCCAAGCGUCUCAAAUCUAACCCCGCGAGCCAACAGCAGCUCACCAACUCGGCCCCCGGCGCCAACACCAUCAGCUCCCUCCUCGACUCUUCCCCGAGGCCUAAUCCUCUCCAGUCCGUCUUACCCAAGUCCCAAAAAACUGAGCUCAGCUACCAGAGAGCACCUCUUUCCAGCUCCACCCCGGACCGGCCUCGGUUCCCCGGUGCCCCGUUCUCUCACCUGCAGGCCAGGAUAAGGAGGUCUGAGGGGGGCAACGUGUGGAGCCUGAGACGGUCUCUCGGGCAAAACAGUCUGGUCCGGAGAAUUCAAGGAAAAGAACGGCUGGCCAUCCAUCUGCGGCAGAGAGUGCUGUCCGACAGGGGAGAGGAGACUGAGCUGCUGACCUACCAGGAUCACUCAGAUGACUUUCAGGUGGACAUCACGAUGCUUGCUGAUCACAUCAUGGAUGCUUCAGCUGGAAGGCUUAAGCAGACCACAGUCACUGAAACAGAUUCUGCAAAGGUGGGCAUCAGCAGUGAUGUAAAGUCACUGUCUGGUUACCUUGAUGAGGUGGAAAGGUUUCUAAAAUCUAAGCCCCAGGCUACAAGCCCCAAACCAAAUUCACUCUCAGGGCUGGAGGAGCAGCUGACUCCUCAUGCAAACCAAGAGCCCUCGUCUCCCUUUGACUGGAGCUCCUUCCUCUGUGCAGCUAUGAAGGAGGAGAAGUUGAAAACAAACUCCUCCUGUCUAGCCAUGACUGAGUCAGAGCAGCAAGAGCUGUACGAAACCAUCAGGCGUGCUCUGCACUCCCUCAGAAAACACAAGGGUCCCAUUCAGGAACAACACAAAGAGAUUGCAGCAGUGAUUCAACGCUGCUACAAGAGAUACAAGCAGUAUGCACUUUAUAAGAGGAUGACUUUGGCAGCCAUCCUGAUCCAGAGUCGUUUCCGGAGUUUCCACGAACAGAGGAAGUUCCAGCAGAGUCGUAGGGCAGCAGUCCUCAUCCAGCAAUACUACCGCUCCUACAAGCACUCCCUCAGCAGCAUCCUCACUAAAAAACAGAACCAGGCUGCUCGCAAGAUCCUGAGGUUCCUGCUCCGCUGCCGCCACAGCCCCUUGAUGGACCACAGGCCUCUGAAACAGGGCCAGAGAGCAGAGAAAGGCCAGGGGUCCUGAGAAUGCAUCACCAGGCCCUGCACACAGCCCCAUCAGCCUGUGAUCAAUCUACCCUCCUCCCCUCUUUUCCCACCCAAUCCAUGUCUCCUGCCCUACCCCCAUCCCUCCCCGUUUCCAUCGCCCAGCCCUCUCCUUGUCCCCUCUUUUCUCCUCCUUGCUCUCAACCUCCCUGGCCUCAUUUCUCAAGAGGAAAAAAAAAAAAAAACUCUUCCCAGACAGACUGAGGACAGGAUAGGUGUCCAUCAUGGCAGCUCAGACAGACAUACUGCUGGGCAGAGCCCCAGAACCAGGCUCUGCUCACAGCACUGAUCCUCCUCCAGUUUAACUGGGAGGCCAUCACAUUAACCUCAUGGCAUUCUUUGCACUCCUCAUGGGUAUGUUUCUUUGCAAGAGCAAGUUGUCGAGCGGGACAAGCAGUUCAAAGGAAAAACAAAAACAGACAAAAAAAAAAAAGAGGAAGUGCCUGACGA